CGUGAACUGAACUUGGCCCAAAGCAGAAAUUUAACUGCAGAUAAAAAGCUUCUCUGAGUGCUGAAUUACUUCUCUUGUUUGUGAAAUCGUCAUUUUUUGCUGUAAAUUUUUGUAUGAUUUCAUCGUAAUAAUAGAGUCGAAAUAUAUUCCGCGAUCUGUACAAAGCUUUGCCUUUCCUCUCUCUCUCUCUGUCUGUCUGUCUCCGUCUCUCUGGAAGACCGCCAUAAUUCUUUCGUGCUCUGAUUUUGUCUCUUACAGGGAGCUCCGCCGUUGUUGGUCCUUGUUUCUGCCGAGAUGAAAGAGACUAAAGGUGGGACAAGGACUGAUAGAUUUUCUAAAUCUCCAUCAGCUGAUUCCGGUCCACUUGUUUUAGACAUUGAUGAUUUUAAGGGUGACUUUUCAUUCGAUGCCUUGUUCGGAAACUUAGUUAAUGAGCUGCUGCCUUCUUAUUUAGAAGACGAUACAGAUGCUACCGAUGGACCUGGUGCAAGUGAUGCUAUGGCCAAUGGUCAUUUGCGAACUCCUUCUGAUUCUGGAAAAUUAGCACAAGGGCUAUCAAGCCCGUUAUUUCCUGAAGUAGAUGCUCUAUUAUCUUUGUUUAAGAAUUCAUGUAAGCAGUUGACUGACCUUAGGAAACAGAUUGACGGGAAGCUCUAUGAUCUCAAAAAGGAAGUUGCUGCCCAAGACUCUAAGCACCGAAAGACACUUGCUGAGCUGGAAAAGGGUGUUGAUGGUUUGUUUGACAGUUUUGCAAGGUUGGAUUCACGUAUAUCAAGUGUUGGCCAAACUGCUGCUAAGAUAGGUGACCAUCUGCAGAGCGCUGAUGCUCAGCGAGAAACUGCCAGUCAAACUAUUGAUCUCAUUAAGUACUUGAUGGAGUUCAACAGCAGUCCCGGUGACCUAAUGGAACUGUCACCUCUAUUUUCUGAUGAUAGUAGAGUAGCUGAAGCAGCUGCAAUUGCACAGAAAUUGAGAUCAUUUGCCGAGGACGAUAUUGGAAGACAAGGCAUUACUUCAUCAGUUGUGGGGAAUGCAACAGCAAGCAGAGGAUUGGAAGUGGCAGUUGCUAAUCUCCAAGAAUAUUGCAAUGAACUUGAAAACAGAUUGUUGGCCAGAUUUGAUGCAGCAUCGCAGAAACGGGAAUUGUCUACAAUGGCAGAAUGUGCAAAAAUUUUGUCACAGUUCAACAGGGGUACCAGUGCUAUGCAACACUAUGUGGGAUUACGUCCGAUGUUUGAUUUGGAGGUUAUGAAUGAAGAUGCCAGAUUGGUUCUCGGUGACCCCGGUUCUCAGCCUAGUCCUAGCAAUGUUGCCCGUGGACUCUCUUCAUUGUACAAAGAAAUUACAGACACUGUACGGAAAGAAGCAGCAACGAUAACAGCAGUAUUUCCUUCACCAAAUGAUGUCAUGUCAAUAUUGGUUCAGCGCGUUUUGGAAGACAGAGUUCCUAAGCUCCUUGACAAGCUGUUGGUAAAACCAUCUCUACUUAAUCCACCGCCAAUGGAAGAAGGGGGACUUAUAUUAUAUCUUAGGAUGCUAGCAGUGGCAUACGAGAAAACGCAGGACCUUGCUAAAGAUUUAAGUGGUGUGGGAUGUGGUGAUUUGGAUGUUGAAGGCUUAACAGAGUCACUAUUUCUUCCCCAUAAAGAUAUAUACAUAGAAUACGAGCAGGCUUCUCUCAGGCAACUGUAUAAAUCAAAGAUGGAGGAACUACGUGCUGAAAGCCAGCAGUCAUCUGAAUCAACGGGGACAAUUGGGCGUUCAAAAGGAGCUUCCAUAUCAUCUUCCCAGCAGCAGAUAUCCGUCACAGUGGUUACUGAGUUUGUACGCUGGAAUGAAGAAGCUAUAUCUAGAGCUACUUUGUUUUCAUCACAGCCUGCUACCCUUGCCGCUAAUGUGCGGGCUGUUUUCACUUGCCUUUUGGAUCAGGUCAGUCUAUAUAUAACAGAAGGUCUGGAAAGAGCUCGAGAUAGUCUGACUGAAGCUGCAUCAUUGAGGGAGCGAUUUGUAUUGGGAACUAGCGUUAGUCGAAGAGUUGCAGCGGCAGCUGCUUCAGCUGCAGAAGCUGCUGCUGCAGCUGGUGAAAGCAGUUUCAGAUCUUUUAUGGUUGCUGUACAGCGCUGUGGAAGUAGUGUUGCUAUUGUUCAGCAAUACUUUGCAAACUCGAUUUCUCGACUGUUGCUACCUGUGGAUGGUGCACAUGCUGCUUCCUGUGAAGAAAUGGCCUCAGCAAUGUCCAGUGCUGAAGGUGCCGCCUACAAGGGGCUUCAGCAGUGCAUCGAAACAGUGAUGGCUGAGGUUGAGCGAUUGCUAUCAGCUGAACAAAAAGCAACAGACUAUCGGUCACCUGAUGAUGGCAUUGCUCCUGAUCACCGGCCAACAAAUGCCUGCACAAGGGUUGUUGCUUAUCUAUCCCGGGUGCUUGAGUCCGCUUUCACAGCCCUUGAAGGCCUUAACAAACAAGCAUUCCUAACUGAGCUGGGAAAUCGCCUGCAUAAGGUGCUGCUGAAUCAUUGGCAGAAGUUCACUUUUAAUCCGAGUGGAGGGUUACGGCUUAAGCGUGAUAUAACAGAGUAUGGGGAAUUUGUUCGCAGUUUUAAUGCUCCCACAGUAGAUGAAAAGUUUGAGUUGCUGGGCAUCAUGGCCAAUGUCUUUAUUGUUGCUCCUGAAAGUCUGUCAACUCUAUUCGAGGGAACACCAAGCAUCCGAAAGGAUGCGCAAAGGUUCAUUCAGCUCAGAGACGACUACAAAAGCGCAAAGCUGGCAGCUAAGCUCAGCUCUCUGUGGCCUAGCUCUAGUUAAUGUGGAAAUGGCCUCCUGCCGAAGUGAAUAGAUAUCUGUGUACCAUUGCUUAGCUGUUCACAGAGUUCUCCACCCCAUGUAGGAAAGCUAACUGUGUUUGUGUGGAAGCGAGCAGCCAUGUAGUUUUGCGAGGUCAGCCACGAGCAUUCGUUCGUACUGUGAAUCGUCUCUUCUGUUGUUAGAAAUUAUUUCUCAUUCAUCAUCUUCUAAAAGAAGUCAUGCGUGUAGACUAUUUAAUCUACAGGGUGUAACUCAGAAGGCUUGUAUUUAUGUGUUGAUAAUUACUUUGUAUGUAUGUAAUUGCUCUGCGAGUAGUGUUGUAAGAUUGAGUUACGGGCUUGCUAAUUGCGAGUGCAGAAGAUAUAUCCUCUUCUGAAAUGCAUCGGAAGUCUACUUUUAAACUGUUGAUUAUCA